AUGAAAGAGGUGCUUGAAGCCAUGAAGGCUAUGGGGACUCAGAUCUUGGCCAUGACCCAGGCAUUCACGCCAGUAAGGACAGCCAUUCCCUUGGGGAAUGACCGGACAGGUCCAAUUGCGGCAGCUCAGGCAGCUGGUCGAGGAGCUCAGCAGCAGUUGGAGGAAGUGGCUGAGGUGAUUGAAAUCGAUCCCCCAGCUAGAACUGCUAAGAGGAUGGAUUAUCUGAAGCUGCUGGAGCACAUAUCCAAGCUGGGCACUAAACACUUUGCUGGAAGUGUUGAUCCAUUAGAGGCUGACGAGUGGAGGAGCAGACUAGUCCGUAAUUUCAGCUCAACUCGAUGCCCAGAUGACUACAAGAAGGACAUUGCGGUUCAUUUCUGGGAAGGUGAUGCUCACAACUGGUGGUUAGCUCUAGACAAGCCUGAGGCGUGGGAUCGCCUAGAAGCUAAGGUCUUGGACCUGGUCCAGGGUCGCAGGACAGUAAGGGAGUAUGAAAAGGAGUUCAACCGCCUCAGGCGUUAUGUGGGUAAGGAGUUAGAGGACGAGUCAGUACAGGUUCGUCGGUUCAUAAGAAGCCUAAGGGUUGAGCUACAAACCUACUGCUCAGUUCGCACCUUUCACACUGUGUUCGAGCUGGUUGAAAGGAUGGCCAUGCUGGAAACUAACCUGGCCGAGGAGGCUAAACUAAAGACCCGGAGUCACACGACUCCUAGUGGUGGUAAUAAUGACCGCGAGAGGAAAAGGGACCAGGCUGAGGAAGGUAAACCUUCAAGUGGUAGGCCUGAGUGUCCCAAGUGCGGCAGACAUCAUGGUGGUGAAUGCUGGAGAGCAAUGGGAGCCUGUCUCCGAUGUGGCAAGAUGGAUCACUCAGCUCGUGACUGUCCUAGACAGGAGCAAGGGGCUAGUGGAGACACCAGGACAUGCCACUACUGUGGGAAGAAGGGACAUCUCCGUAGGGAUUGUCCUAAGCUGUCGUCCGGACUCAGCAAGAGUCGAGGAGAGGCUAGCCGGCCGGAUCAGAACCGCGGGCAGACUUCAGCACCGCGCGUUUAUGAGUUGGCUAAGGAUGAGGACAGGACAGGACCAUUCCAAGCGAUCACUGGGACCCGAAGUAUUGGUGGUGUGGAAACACAUGUACUUUUCGAUACUGGUGCUACACAUAGCUUUGUGAGUCCCGGGAUGCUCGGAAAGGGGUUGUUCCAGUUGGGAACGGGGGAUUGUCCUGGGGUAGUGAACGCGGCCGGUGGGCAAGUUAUGAGUUCACUAGGAGUGAUUUGGGACAUCCCAGUGGAGAUCCAAGACAGGGUCAUGCCUGUGGAUCUUGUGGUAGUUCACCUAAAGAAUCACGAGGAUGCUGAGGAAGGGUUGUGA